AUGUUGGAGGUGGGGAUGAUAAGAGCUCAUCCCUGGAUCUGGCAUUGCCCAUCAGAACUGCAUUUCCUAGAAAGCCAAGGCUACUCUGAACAGCUAAAACUUGAACCCAGGAAAGCCUUGAACCCGGUGAGUAGAUCAUGGAGCAUUAAGGAGAAAAAGGGAGGGUCCUUGCCAGCCGCCUCUUUGCCUGCUUACCAGAGGCUCAUGAGCUCACAUGGCGGUCUCUGGGCAGGAGGACAGCUGGUCACUGGGUUUCUGUGCUCCUGUCCUGGGAGUUUAGAGCUGGAACGUCACUUGUAG